AUGAACUCAGUCAUACUUUUUCCUUUAGUAUGCCUAGCUAUGUUCUAUGCACAAGUUUCUGAUGCUCAAAAUACUGGAUGUUACAACUAUUUCCUUCAAAAGGAUGGUUGUGUCUGGGGAUCCACAACUAACCCUUGUCCUACCAAUAGUACUGUCGAAAAACCAUGCACUUCACUUCGUGCUUUUCAUUACAGUGCAUCAUCUACUACUACUACCACUACUAGUACGACUACCACUACCGUUCAUGCCGAAGGUACUAUUGAUUCGGAUAUCUUAGAAUCAGAAGGUCUUCAAGAGGCUCCUAAAAGACUUGUUCGUCGAUAUGAUACGACUGCUCCAACACUCGCUGUAGCAGGUGGAGAUGGAAUCUGUGGUUUCUAUAACUCUACCAUCACCUCAGGGGUUUGUUUAUGGACAGGUGAGGGUUGGGUUGAUGGUUCAAACCAACAACAAUCAGGAUGGUUGAAUGGUACGGUCACUGACAAUUGUAACAAGCAAGUCUACAUCCAACGUCAAGGACAACCUGAAACAGUUCAAUAUGCGCCAGUUCUUGAUGGCUGUCAAUUCUUCACAGCAGAUCCAGAUGUGGGAUGCUUCCAAAUCUGGCUCACCAUUGAUCUGUUUGAAAAGUUUGGACCGACUCCAGAAGAGCUUUCUAGCUUCACGAUGAACUCGACUUUUACUUGGGACUUUAACAACUUGAAUGGACAAAACCCCACAGCCGCACCGGUCUAA